GCGGCGAGCCCGGCACCCCGCGCAGCCCGCCCGGCGUGCCCGCGGCCAUGGAGCAGGACAAGUACCUGCCCGAGCUGAUGGCCGAGAAGGACAGCCUGGAUCCCUGCUUUGUUCACGCCAUGCGCCUCCUGGAAGACGAAAUGGAAAAAUUUCAGGGUUCAGAAGGCAAGAAGGAAGAUGAAGAAAAGAAAUAUCUUGAUGUUAUCAGCAACAAAAACAUAAAGCUGUCAGAGAGAGUUCUGAUCCCUGUCAAGCAAUAUCCAAAGUUCAAUUUCGUUGGGAAAUUGCUUGGACCAAGAGGAAACUCUUUAAAGAGGUUACAAGAAGAAACAGGUGCAAAAAUGUCCAUCCUGGGAAAAGGAUCCAUGAGGGAUAAAGCUAAGGAGGAAGAACUAAGGAAAAGUGGAGAAGCCAAAUACGCCCACUUGAGUGAUGAGCUCCACGUAUUAAUUGAAGUGUUUGCUCCACCUGGGGAGGCGUAUUCUCGUAUGAGUCAUGCCUUGGAAGAAAUAAAAAAAUUCCUGGUUCCUGAUUAUAAUGAUGAAAUUCGCCAGGAGCAGCUGAGAGAGCUUUCGUAUUUGAACGGUUCUGAGGAUUCGUCACGCGGACGGGGCAUUCGAGGAAGAGGGAUCCGUGUGCCACCUGCAGCUCCUUCAAGGGGCCGUGGGGGUGCCGUGCCCCCGCCGCUGCCCGGACGAGGUGCCCAAGCGCCCCGCGGAGCGCCGCUGACGCGCGGAGCGCUGCCCGUCCCGCCCGUGGCCAGGGGCGUCCCCACGCCGCGAGCCCGGGGCGCCCCGGCCGUGCCGGGCUACCGACCGCCCCCGCCGCCGGCCCACGAGCCCUACGAGGACUAUGGAUACGAUGAUGGAUAUGGGGGUGAAUAUGAUGAUCCAAGCUAUGAGGCAUAUGAUAACAGUUAUGCCACCCAAACACAAAGUGUGCCUGAAUAUUACGACUAUGGUCAUGGAACAAGUGAAGAGGCUUAUGACAGCUACGCACAAGAAGAAUGGGCCACAACCCGUUCCAGCCUAAAGGCACCACCUCCAAGGUCAGCCAGAGGGGGAUACAGGGAACACCCCUAUGGUAGAUAUUGAAGGUCCUCCUCAUCUGUGACCUCAUCUCAAAGACAAUUAAUAGCCUGUGGUCUCCACAUAAACAGCAACAAGACAAGGACUCACAGGCACUGGACAGCUAAGCAGCAGAUCUGCUGGGAGGUGGUCAGAUUUUUGGAGCCUUAGGGAAGUACUGUACCUUUUGAAUGGUGUUCAGGGAAUUGAGAGUGCUCAACAUCAUUUGCAAUAAAUCACUUGCUUCUGAAGGACAGCCUCAGGUUGGAACUCUCCACAGCCCUGAGUUCUGGACCUGCCAUUACCACCUUCUCUAGGAUAUGCCACCACUCAGAUUUAUAAUGAUCUUCCAGUCUAUAAGGUACAGAGUACUUCAUUAUGUGCACGAACAGAAAUGCUUAAAUGGAUGAAGCAGCUAUUUACGUCUGAUAGGAGCUAAGUGGGACAUUAAAUUAAUGCCAAACAAGUCACUGGAAGUUCAAAAGAGCAAAGCAAAUUAAAAGAACUCCUUCCCUUUUUCUAUGACAGUAAUUUUUCACUUGAGUAUAUGAGCAUUUGCUAAUAUAAAAGCUAUUGAGGAAGAUAUGAAGGGAACUUCUUCUAAUGCUGCCUUAUAAGGUUAGUGAGACUUUAAUCAAGAAAAAAAAAAUCUAAUGAACAGUAAUUUGGAACACAGCAUUUGGAAAGGUCAGAAUGGUACAUUACAUCCUUAUUAUCCAAAAGAACAGAUGAGUUUAAUAUCCUGGCAGCAUUUUCCUGUGAAGAAGAUAUUAAACAAGAGCUGAAAAUGGUACAAGGUUCUUGCUUCCUUUUCUAUGACAAAGAUUGUAACAAGGUGAUGGAACUACACAAAAUAAAUCCCUUUCUGCUUUAA